AUGUUAUUUUUUCCUUUCUUUAUUUCCUUUUCGCUUUCUUUCCCUUCCUUCUUUAUUUUGCCAAGUGUUAUCUUUCUUGCUUUUCUUCCCUUUCUUUUCGAAUUUUCUACAAAUCAUUGUGCUGUUAGUUGCAGCAAUUUUGAUGCAUUAUUUAUCUUUCUUGCUAUUACAAUUACUUACCACUUAUAUUACCUAUCUAUCUAUCUAUCUAUCUAUCUAUCUAUCUAUCUAUCUAUCUAUCUAUCUAUCUAUCCCAGUCUAUUCGUUAUCUAUCUAUCUAUUUAUCUAUCUAUCUAUCUAUCCCAGUCUAUUCGUUAUCUAUCUAUCUAUUUAUCUAUCUAUCUAUUUAUCUAUCUAUCUAUCUAUCUAUUGCAGUUACUUCGUAUCUAUCUUUCUAUCACUGUUCAUAUCUAUCUCAGUCUGUUCAUAUCUAUCUAUCUAUCUAUCUAUCUAUCUAUCUAUCUAUCUAUCUAUCUAUCUAUUUCCUUUCUAUCUAUCUAUCUAUCUAUCUAUCUAUCUACCUAUUACAGUUCAUAUCUAUCUUUUUAUCAUAGUUCAUAUCACAUCACAAUGAAUGGUUCUCUUCAUUAUCUAUCUAUCUAUCUAUCUAUCUAUCUAUCUCUUUUCCUUAUCUAUCUAUCUAUCUUUCUAUCUAUCUAUCUAUCUAUCUAUCUAUCUAUCUAUCUAUCUAUCAAAUCCUUUUCAUUAUCUAUCUAUCUAAUUCUUUUCAUUAUGUAUGCAUGUAUGUAUCUUAGUAUAUAUAUCUAUCUAAUCUAA